AAAUACCUAAUCCUGCCCAGAUUCACUCUAUGGUUAUUUUUUGUGACACAUUCCACGUAAAAUUUGAUUUUUCCAUAUAUAUCGCAAUCUAAGGAUUGAGCUAAGUAUUUGUUGAGACUUAUUUGUCCAUAAUAACGAUAAAGGAAGAAACGAAGUAAGAUAUAUUUCCUAAGUAAUUAUUUGGGGAUACCACAAAGGCAAUGAGUGAAUCAAAAACAAUAUUGGUAACAGGAGGUAGUGGCUUAGUUGGAAAAGCGAUAGAAGAAUUAGUUACUUCACAAAAAAGAGAGAAUGAAAAAUGGAUUUUUCUUAACAGUAAAGAUGGAAAUUUAUGUGAUAUUGUGCAAACGAAAAAACUUUUUGAGAAAUAUAAACCCACCCAUGUAAUACAUUUGGCUGCUAAAGUUGGAGGCCUUUUUGAUAAUAUGUCAAACAAUUUAGAUUUUUUAAAAGAUAAUCUUCAUAUAAAUGACAAUGUUCUUCAAACUAGUUUUGAAAGUGGAGUGAAAAAGGUUGUGUCAUGCCUUUCAACUUGUAUAUUUCCAGAUAAGACUAGUUACCCUAUUGAUGAAAGUAUGGUACACAAUGGUCCACCUCACACUUCUAAUUAUGGAUAUAGUUAUGCUAAGAGAAUGGUGGAUGUGAUGAAUAAAGCUUAUAAUCAACAAUAUGGAUGUCAGUUCACUUCAGUUAUACCUUGUAAUGUUUUUGGUCCCAAUGAUAAUUUCAACUUAAAAUCAGGUCAUGUCAUUCCUGCUUUAAUAAGGAAAUUUUUUGAUGAAAUUCAAGCAGGUGGGACCAGUUUUACAGUUUUUGGGUCAGGGAAGCCAGUCCGACAAUUUAUAUAUUCAAGGGAUUUGGCCAAGCUAUUUCUUUGGGUUUUGUAUGAAUACAAUGAAAUAGAACCUAUUAUUCUUGCAGUGGACGAAUCAGAUGAGGUUACAAUCAAAGAAGUGGCUGAAGAAAUUCUAAAAGCUUAUAAUUGCAAUUCAACACUUUUAUUUGAUACUUCAAAAGCAGAUGGGCAAUAUAAGAAAACAGCCAGUAAUUCUAAACUGAGAAAAUACUUACCUGAUUUUGAGUUCACUCCAUUUUCAAAAGCUGUAAAGGAAAGCGUGGACUGGUACUGCAAAAAUCAUGAGAUUGCAAGGAACUGAAUGAAAUUUCAAAAGUUUAUUACAAAACAAUAGAAAAUUAUCACUUGAUACAAACAAAACAAAUAAGUCCAAAACUGAAAGAAAAACAUUCUUGUGAACAAUAACAAAUUAUUAAAGUCUAAAUCAACAUUAAACAUUUCUAUUUGAAACAAAUAAUUUUUCUAACAAGAAUAUUCAACAUUGUUAUUUAUAUAAAUAUAUGUUUACUCUACAGUGAA